UGUUGGUCUGGGGCUCACCUGAGGUGCACGUGCAGAUGGAGCUGCUGUUCUUAAGGCUGUAGCGCCUGUUUGCGCUGAGAUAUCGCAAUGCUUUCCUCCAACAUGGAAACAAAAAGAGUGGAGAUCCCGACCGGAAUGCUGGAGGACCUCUGUAGCCGCUUCAUCCUGCACAUCCCCAGCGAGGAGAGGAACAACGCUAUCUGGGUGUGUUUCCAGAUAGAGCUCGCCCACUGGUUCUAUCUGGACUUCUGCACGCAGAACACUCCCGGAGCUCCUCACUGUGGGAUCAGAGACUUCGCCAAAGCAGUGUUCCAUCACUGUCCGUUCCUGCUUCCUAAUGGAGAAGACGUCCAGAAGAUCCUGGAGCAGUAGAAGGAGUACAAAGUGCCUACUUUUGGAGCCAUCAUUCUGGAUGAAUCUCUAGAAAAUGCUCUGCUGGUUCAGGGAUACCUCGCUAAGUCCGGCUGAGGCUUUCCAAAGGGGAAAGUUAAUGAGGAUGAAGCUCCUCACGACUGUGCCGUGCGAGAAGUGCUGGAGGAGACUGGCUUCGACAUAAAGAAUCGUAUUUCCAAAGACGUGUUCCUCGAGCAGAAGAUCACAGGCCAGGUGGUUCGGCUAUACAUCAUCCCCGGGGUGUCGUAGGACACAAAGUUCCACCCACGGACGAGGAAGGAGAUCAGGAACAUCGAGGGUUUCUUAUUGACAAAGCUGCCAUGUCAAAGGAACGACAAAGUCUAACUCGGACUCGCCAACAGAUUCUUCAUGCAUUCCCUUCAUUAG